UGAUACGACAGCAAAAACAAAAGGUGGCCGAGUGUGAAAAAUCGAAAUCGGAACAUUAUUGUUGGUUUAGACGAAUUAUUUCUCUAAAAACAUCUGUAAAUUGUUUGAUAGUUGGUACAACAUUCACUGAGUCGACCCCAAAUGCGAUAACCACCUGGUGCAGCUAGAAAAAGUGAAGGAUGACCACUUCAAGGAUCGGUUCCCUUGGAGUGCUGCUGCUGGUGUUGUUUUUGGCACCCUCGGAUGGUAGGAGACAUCAUCUGGAAGUUCGGGAUGACAUUCGAAGAUACAUUCCUUUAAGCACGUUCGGGUUUUAUUCCGGAGGAAUUCUCGAUGUGAAGGUUACUGGAUUUCGAGUCGACGUCGGAUCGGAGGACAAUGUCUUUGGCUUAUCUCUAGAUCGUACCUUAUCAGACGCUAUGAACCCAUAUUUGGACACUCAUCAAGAGGAUUGCAUCCUGAGGGAAUCAAUCAGCUCGCUUCGUAGUGGACCAAUUAUAUUUUUUACAAUGGAUCUGAAACGUGAUGUGGUUCAUCUUAACUGUUCCAACGAGUGGCAAAAUGUGCACAUCUACAAGGACCGAAAACAGAUUCCGGCUCUCCGAUCCAAACGGCAAUCCUUCGCCAAAGUUAGCGACUCCAAAUCGAUGUAUAUGCAGCGCAGAAAGCGGGAUGUAAUUGACGCUUCCGCGAAAUCUUCCGUUUGUCACAAUUUCAACCUAACUCUGAGCUGCAAAAGCGAGGACGCAAUCUAUAAGUACUGCAGUUUUAACUUCGCCCUAUACGUGGCCAGCAAAUCGGAGGAGGGCUUGUACAAUUUGUACUUCCACAGUUGCCCGAACUACGAUCGGAACAACCUGUACGCGCUCCAGUUCGACGUCAUAAUCGAGGAGAAUAACGAUGGCAACUACCUUUCGGCUGGUGAAAUGCCCCUUCCGGCACUCUAUUUCAUGAUGUCGCUUCUUUUCUUCCUUUCCGGACUGUUUUGGGUGUUCAUCUUGCGCAAAAGCAAACAUCCGGUGUUCAAAAUCCACUAUCUGAUGGCUGUGCUUGUUUUCCUUAAGUCCCUCUCACUGAUGUUCCACGCCAUCAAUUACCAUUUCAUCGAGACUCAAGGCGAGCACGUGGAAGCCUGGGCAAUCCUGUACUACGUAACUCAUCUGCUCAAAGGGGCAGUUCUGUUUAUCACAAUCGUACUCAUCGGAACGGGUUGGACCUUCAUCAAACACAUCCUGGCCGACAAAGACAAAAAGCUAUUCAUGAUUGUGAUUCCGCUACAAGUGCUUGCAAACGUCGCAGAAAUUAUAAUCGCCGAGAGCGAGGAAGGUGACAAGGAGCACAGCACCUGGAGAGAUAUUUUCAUCCUUGUCGACUUACUUUGCUGCGGAGCGAUUCUGUUUCCGGUGGUUUGGUCCAUUCGACAUCUGCAGGAAGCGGCCGGGACCGACGGGAAGGCGGCUAUCAACCUGCGGAAGCUGAAGCUGUUCCGGCAGUUCUACAUCAUGAUCGUUUGCUACAUCUACUUCACCCGGAUUAUCGUGUACUUGCUUAAGAUAACAGUUGCAUUCCAGUAUGCCUGGUUGGACGAGAUGUUCAAAGAGAUGGCCACCUACGUGUUUUUCGUGCUCACCGGCUACAAGUUCCGCCCGGUUUCGCAGAAUCCGUACUUUUUCAUGCACGGCGACGACGACGACGAUGACGAGGAGGUGGAAGUUCUAACCCAAACCGGACUCACCGAGGGCAUCAGCAAGGUGACCAAUCGUUCCCAGCCGCCGUCAACGAUGGUCCACGAAGCGAACGAGGAAGAGCGGGAGAAUUUGAUAAGCAAGCGCGAAUCUUCACACGAGUACGAUUAAGACAGUUAAUUUAUUCGCCCGUUAAAUAACUUAAAAAUGAACAUUGUACUGAUGUGUUGAAGUAGGUAAACGGAUGAAGCGACACAUCCGAUUAUCGCGCGACAACAGCUGGUCGCUUUUGCUGCGAUUAUGAUUAAAAUUUUAACUUUAGUUCUUAUGUUUCUGAUGUUUUUCAUCUUCUGAACUGAAAAGGUCGUAGCAAUUAAAACCAAUGAAACGUUACUCUGUUGCUGAGUAGUUUUUAUUUAUGAUUUUCCGUAAGACUCUUUAAACUAACUUAGCAGUGUCCAAAUACGUUUCACAAGUCGCGCUUUUUUCUUUCUGUGAUCUUUUGUGGGACAAAUGGCUCCCGAUUCGGCGCUGCAGCAAUGUUGAUUCGAGUUUGGUUUGCUCAAGACAGAUGUACAUUCGGCUUCCCUUUUGGAAGCGUCAUCCUGAUAAGCCGUAUGAGGGUACCAUUCGUGUGCAUCGGCAUAAUUUUUCUCGUACCCGAAAAAAACAAACAGAAACAAAAUGAAAUACCUAUAUUGAUAUAAUAUAAUAACCAAUUAGUGUUAGUGGAUGACCAAAAAAGUAAGGAAGCAGUAUCUAGGGUUUUCGAUUCCCGAUUCCGAUUCUUAAAGGAUUCCUCUCGGUUAGAAAUUAGAUUUGACAUUCGGUGUCACUUUCAGAACAAAAGUAAAAUUGUAAUCAAGCGAAGAUUUUUCAAUGAUUCAUAUGAUAGAAACCAAACGACUCUUGAAUCUACCGAUAAAAUUGUAGAUUGAGCAAUUUAAAACAAAACAAUACACGUUCCCUUUAGCUAGCUAAUACUGCUGAUUGGAAGGAUUAAAAUGUACUCUCCGUGUCAAAAAGGGAUAAUUUUUGGACCACGCGAGCUGUAGACAUAAUUUUUGAAUAGAUGUAACAAAAAUAAUAAACACAUUAUUUAACAAAA